AAAUCACAUCUCUCAAAAAGCCCCUUUUAACAAUCAGGUCAUUGAACGCCUUCAAGUUCGGGCAGAGUUCGGGUCACUCUGAAAUAUACAAAAUAGCUAGUAAUUAAAUUCUUCGUAAACAACAUGGCGGAAACAACUAUGGCAUGCAUUAUUCAUCACUCUAUAAGUGAUACGAAACCUGAUCAAUUAAAAAAAUUUACAUCCGUAACAUUAUCCAAAUUCUUCGAGUGCAGAAAAAUAUGGCUUGAAUUACAAGGCGAGCAAAAGGAAAUGGCGGGAAAGUCAUUCGAAUAUAUUUCCGAAUCGGAUGGACGGUUAAAGAUAUUCCUGGUACAUUUGAUCAACUAGCUGACCUUAUCUUGAAGAAAGUUAUCGGUGUUGCAAGGUUCAACAAUUCAAAACGAGUAGACUUUGUAUCGGACAGGUACCCUGAGAUUAGCACAAAGAAUGCAGAGAGGUUAAAUAGGGCAGCUUCUGGCACGCAAUCAGUUACAAUUCUGAAUGGUAAUCAAAAAGUUCCAAAACAGUGGAAAAAGUUUUUAAAUGUGGGUCGCAAUAAAGAGGAACUUAUCAAAUUUUUGGUAAAGCAAUGGAAAUUAGUCCCUGCCUUUGCACUGGAACCAAUUGAAGAAUUGUAUGUAACCUGUUCUGAAAAGUGUUUCUGCUAUAAACCACGGGAUGGAAAUACUUUGGUAGUUGAAGAAGUUCUACAACUUACUUCUGACCAUGAAGAAGCUGACUCAAAGAUGUUUUUACAUGCAAAGCAUGCAGCAGAAUUUUCAGACAAUGUUGUAAUCAGAAGCCCUGAUACUGAUGUCUUUAUUAUCGCCUUAACACUUGAAAGUACCAUUGAUUCCAGAUUAUUAUUUCAAACUGGCACAGGGAACAACUUAAGGAACAUUGAUGUUAAUAAAGUUGCUGAACACUAUGGUGAAAAGUGCUGCAAAGCACUUAUUGGCUUUCAUUUAUUCACAGGAUCCGACUCGACCAGUGCAUUUUUUGGAAAAGGGAAAGCAAGAACGUGGCAAGCUGCUAGAGCUGAUGAAGAGUAUUUGGAUGGUUUCAGUAGUUUAGGAGAGGAACUGGAUGUAUCAGAGGAAGUGUGUGCCAUCUUGGAAAAGUAUGUUUGUAACCUAUAUGGCCAACCGGAUGUGUCGUCAGUGAAUGAAGCCCGUUACAAGAUGUUUAAACUUGGAAAAUGCUCAGAAGAAUCUCUUCCCCCGAAUUUGGACAGCUUACAGCAACAUGUGCUCAGAGUCAACUAUGAAGCAUACAUAAGAAGACGAUCAACCAUCAACAAUAUUUCUGCACCGUCACCAAAUGGGUAUGGCUGGACUCUGGAUGGUAGUAAACUAGAUAUUAAAUGGGGGCUAAAAGAAUGUGCUCCAGAGAGUAUUUUGGAGUAUGUAAUGUGUCGAUGCAAAAAAGGUCGUUCCACCAAGCGAUGUUCAUGCCAAAAAGCAGAGUUACCCUGCACUGAGCUAUGUCAGUGCAGUGAGUGUAAAAAUGUCGAAAGCAAUGCAAAUGAUGAAAGUGAUAUUGAUUAUGGCUCGGAUGAAGAUGAUGAUCAGGAUGAUGAUAAUUAGUUCUGUUAUUCUGCUAUUAGUAUGCCCUUUUAUAUUAAUCCUUUAUUUGGCAUUUAAAAUCUCCUUUUGCCUAAUGUACAUGUAAUUAUGGUGUUAUACAGGGUGUAUAAAAAAAGGCAAUCACUUAAUAUUCAACCUUUUGUACUGUUAGCAAAUCGAUAUUCAUGAAUAUUAUGUGCUUGCCUUAUACACCCUGCACACUAUAGUUUCCACAUGACAGCAGUGACAAAUAAAGAGAUUGCAAAAGAAUGUUGUGAUUGUGAUAUGCAUUGUAGACCAUUAAAGAAAACAAUGCAAAGUAGAACAAGACAUGUCAUAUGAUCGAACAACUCAUUGUGGAAAUCAUAAUUAUUUGUAUUAAGCAAAGUACUUUAUUAUGGGAAUCCAAGGCAAAUAAUGAAGGCCAACAGUGACAUUAUUAAAAAUAAAAAUAAUCACUAUAAACUAUACUGAGCGUGAUCAUAUAAAGAAACUUUACGUACAGUUUAUGGGCCAUCCA